AUGGCUUCUGCGCCAGCUAGCGUUCGGGUCUCCGGCCCUCCAAACAGGAGCUUCCUGGUGGGAUAUCCGGGCAUCUCUGCGACGCUGCCGCGAAUCGAGGGCAAGGUCGAGAUUCGGCCGGGCCAAGGCUACUCUAUGCCUGUGCCGGUAUCCCUGGUGCGAAUAAGCCUACAAAAGCGCGAGACGAUACACCCCGACGCCGAUAGUCUAACCAAGCGACACCUGGGCGCACCCCGAAAAGAGACUACCGAUCUGGUCGGUAAGGAGGUGCUGCUAUUCAGAUGCUCAUCGGGCAAGGGUGCCGAGGACGUGUACUCGAUGGACCUACCAUUCAUCAUCUUUAUCCCCUUUGGCAGGGGCGGAGAGGAGACAAAUCGAAGAAUACCGCCGGCAUCCCUACAGCUGCCCAGCAGGAUUGCUGAGACAUACUAUGAAUUAGUGGUGACGGUGCAACAAGGUCACAAAGAUCAAUACAGAUACAGCUUCCCACUGCCCAUACUGCGAUACGACACACUGUCAACGUUUGGCAUGUACAAUAAACCCGAAACAAAGCAGAUUACCAGCGACAACCUCGUCCACCUCGCAAUCAACCUGCCGCGCUGGAGCUACGGCCCCAAUGAUCCCAUAACCGUAUACAUCAAGAUCGCUCCCAACUCUGACUGGUGGAACAAGGCCAAGAAGGUGACCAUAGACAAGAUCACGCUCGGGAUAGAAGAGGAGAUUACUUUCAACCCGGAAGGAGACGAGCCAUCCAAAAAGGUCAACAAGCUGGCGAAACAGGUCCAGGUGGUGAAAACAAAAUUACCAGAAGCAGGAUACGCAACCAACAUCGGCCUAGUGUUCCCCGCGAAAGAUCUCAGAGAUUCCGAGGGCAUCAUCAAGAGGGGUAGGCCGGCGUUUCCUCAGUAUGAGGUUGCCUCAUUUACCACAUCAUCAACGCUAUAUAAGAUUGAGUUUUACCUCAGCAUCAAGGUACAAGUAAGUGGUGCUAGAGACCUCCACCUACGACAACCAAUCGUCAUCUGCCCCCUCGAUCAACAAGGCUGCAAGGAGGAAAUGGACGCCAUCGAAAUUGCGGCUAGAGAAGCCUCACAUGUCGAUCCAAACAAUCCCAUGGUCCCAGCUCGUACCAUUGUCCUGGCUAACGAUCGAGAUGCGUUGCGAGCCUUGGGCUUGUGUAUGGUUGGAAAGGUAAAGAAGCCAUUUAUCGAGUGA